CAAGUUGCUCACCAUCGCAAGCACAAGUUCAAGAGAGGCAGAGGCAGUGCUUAUUCUUUUCACAAUCGCAAUUCACAACCCUAACCCUAAAAACUAAAAAAUCCAUCUCAUCUGAAUCAGAAUCAAAAUCAAAUUCAAAAGAUAAAUAAGAUCAGAUCUUUCUAUCUCCCUUAUCUUAUGCUUGUCGAUGCACCGUCGUGGAACUACAAAAGCUGAUUUGGGGAGGAGGGUUCCGUUAUUAAAUGCUCUCUCUCUUCUCUUUCUGUUUUUUCUUUCCCUUGUUAAUGUCUUCAGUCACCGCCACUGCUCCUUCAGGGUCUACAAAAACCCUACUUUUUGAUCUUCAUCACACUUUCUUCAUACCUACGCUCCCCUCCCUCUUUUCUUAUACUUCUAAUUUUCCAUCCACCUUCAGCUUUUUAGGUCUGCAACUUCCGUCGCGUGAUCAACAUGAGUGAUUCUAAGGUAUUUCUAUUUGGGUCUUUUACAGAAGAUGAAACCAGAUCAUUGUUGCAGAAGCAGUCUUCUACUCCGGUUAAAGAUGAAAAGCCUGUAGAGAAGAGCCCGCUGCAAUUUGGUUCUCUGAAUGCUGUUAGUGCCAAAUCAAGUGACCCCAGAAAUUCAUCAAAAGCACCAACCAGUUCUAAUGUCUCCCAUUCUCAUAAGUGCAAUGGAGUGACAAUUGUCGGUAUUAGUUUACCUGGAUCAUCAGGUUCUAUCAAGGAGAAUGGCAGCAGUACCAAUUACCCUAUUGUCUGUUCGAUACUCGGCAGUGCAAACAUAGUUAAGGCGGAUAGUGUGUCUUCUGUGCCAUUGCUUGAUGAGGAUGGACCCACGAACAAGAUUGCAAAUUUGAGCCUGGAUGCUUCUGAGGCUGGAAGCCUGAAUAAUGUGUGGAAAAAUGAUGGUGGCCAUAAUGAUUCUGUAUCAAAAUUAUUUAAUCAAGAUUCCAAAAAGACACCUAACGGGCAUAUUGUGUCACGAGUUAAAGAUUUACUGCCUCGGGGCCUAAUAAAUUCUGGAAAUCUAUGCUUUCUCAAUGCAACUGUGCAGGCUCUCUUGUCCUGUUCUCCUUUUGUUCAACUUCUGCAAGACUUAAGAACUCGCAACAUUCAGAAGGUUGGCUAUCCCACAUUGACGGCAUUCACUGAAUUUCUAUCUCAAUUUGAUGUGCCAAGCUCAACCAAAUUAAAGAAGAAAGAUACAGAUGCUUUGGAGACUGGAAGGCCAUUCUGCCCAACUAUGUUUGUAGAUGUUCUAAAAAAGUUUUCUCCGGAUUUGCCAAAUGUCAUGUCAGGAAGACCAAGGCAGGAAGAUGCUCAGGAAUUUUUGAGCUUUGUAAUGGAUCAAAUGCAUGGUGAAUUGUUGAAGCUUGAGGGACAGUCUUCAAGUCUUAAUGGUAGCAAAUCAUCUCUAGUUUCUUCUGCUGAAGAUGAUGAAUGGGAAACCGUUGGGCCGAAGAAUAAAUCUGCUGUAACAAGGACUCAGAGCUUUGUUCCAUCAGAAUUGAGUGGAAUUUUCGGAGGACAACUCAGAAGUUUGGUGAGAGCUAAAGGGAAUAGAGCUUCAGCCACUGUUCAACCAUAUCUCUUGCUCCAGCUUGACAUUUAUCCUGAUGCUGUCCACACAAUUGAGGAUGCACUUCACCUGUUUUCUGCUCCAGAAACUGUUGAAGGCUACCGAACUACACUCACUGGAAAGCCUGGCGUUGUGACUGCAAGAAAAUCUGUACACAUUCAGACACUUCCCAAGAUAUUGAUAUUGCACCUGGUGCGUUUCGGUUAUGGAAGCCAAGGAAGCACUAAGCUACUUAAGCCUGUUCACUUCCCUCUAGAGCUGGUAUUGGGUCGAGACUUGCUUGUUUCGCCAUCUACUGAGGGUCGAAGAUAUGAAUUAGUUGCCACGAUUACUCACCAUGGAAGGGAGCCUUCAAAGGGGCACUACACUGCCGAUGCCCUAUACCCUAAUGGUCAGUGGCUAAGAUUUGAUGAUGCAUCUGUUAUUGCCAUUGGAGCAAACAAGGUGCUGCAUGAUCAGGCAUAUGUCCUUUUCUACAAGCAGUUGUGAACCAUGUACACACAUUGUGAAGGAGAACAUGGGAUGAGAACAAUGAUUGCUGUUCUAUUUGUGACUAAUGUAUUGCAUGGAGAAGAUUUGAGAGUGAUUUUAUUUUUGAGCUGGUUGGUUGGUGUCAUCAGGGGUCAGAUUGCUUCUAUGCUGCCAUGAAUGAAGAUUAAUUGUUGUAAUAUUCUUUUUUUUUUUCUUAUUCUUACUAGAAAGUUUUGUAGUCCUAGUUUAGGACAUGGGCACAUGUAUUUAUAAAUACUAUAUAUUGUAGUCUUGUAAGAAAUUCUGCUUAUUUUUAUACAGUUUCAUUUCAUUU